GCCUGCAAGGCGGCGGCGGCGCAGAGUGCUCUGUUUGCCAGCUCCCUGAAGGUGCCAUGAGCUGCAUCAACCUGCCCAAUGUGCUGCCAGGCUCCCCCAGCAAGACCCGGGGGCAGAUCCAGGUGAUUCUCGGACCCAUGUUCUCAGGAAAAAGAUGGCCCAGGAAGGUGUUCACUCUGCACACUGCAGAGUCAAGCCACUGGCGCCUUCACUUCCUUGAAGUGAUAGACCCAAUCCCAGACCAGAUUCUGGUGCUAAUGGUCUACCCGGGGCCAUGGAACACCAUGGAGGCCCUGCCAGCCUGUCUGCUCCGGGAUGUGAUCCAGGAUGCCCAGGGCGUGGCCGUCAUAGGCAUCGACGAAGGGCAGUUUUUCCCUGACAUCGUGGAGUUCUGCGAAAACAUGGCCAACUCGGGGAAGACCGUCAUCGUGGCUGCGCUGGAUGGGACCUUCCAGAGGAAGGCUUUCGGGACCAUCCUGAACCUGGUGCCCCUGGCAGAGAGCGUGGUCAAGCUGACGGCGGUGUGCAUGGAGUGCUUCAGAGAGGCCGCCUACACCAAGAGGCUGGGCGUGGAGAAGGAGGUCGAGGUCAUCGGAGGAGCAGACAAGUACCACUCCGUGUGCCGCCUGUGCUAUUUCAAGAAGGCCUCGGGUCAGCCCGCCGUGCUGGACAGCGAAGAGAAUAAGGAGAACUGCCCGAUGACGCUGGGCAGCCCAUACCCCAGCACCUCUGGCUCAGCGUCGGCCUCCUCCCACGCAAAGACUUGGUCCCUCAGCCUGGGACGGGCUCCCGGCCGACCCUGGGGAUGGCUGGACUUGUUCUUAUUUCCUUUUGGGCUGAAAGCCCUUCCUGACCUGGCGAUCCUUUUCUCCGGAAUUACAGCUUCUUCCACGUGGGUGACACUUACCCUGCUCUGGGGCUCAGCUCCCAUGGGCUUGUCCUCUAAGGAGGUGGGGGCUGUGUGUGUGUGGAACUGAUAACUAAUAUUAAAAUUUAUUGGUUGGUAAAA